AUGCUUGGAGCUAACUUUACCAUCAUCCAUCCAGCUGUGUUCAUCUUACUUGGAAUCCCAGGGCUGGAGCAGUACCACACCUGGCUUGCUAUCCCCUUUUGUCUCAUGUACAUUGCUGCAGUCUUGGGAAAUGGAGCCCUCAUCCUUGUCCCGAGUGAACACACCCUCCACGAGCCCAUGUAUGUCUUUCUAUCCAUGCUGGCAGGCACGGACAUUCUCCUGUCAACCAGCACUGUGCCUAAGGCCUUGGCUAUCUUUUGGUUCCAUGCUGGGGAGAUCCCCUUUGAUGCCUGCAUUGCUCAGAUGUUUUUCAUUCAUGUUGCUUUUGUGGCCGAGUCGGGAAUCCUUCUGGCCAUGGCAUUUGACCGCUAUGUGGCAAUUUGUACUCCUCUGAGAUACUCAGCUGUCUUAACACCUAUGACAAUUGGAAAAAUGACCCUGGCCAUCUGGGGACGGAGCAUUGGAACCAUUUUCCCUAUUGUAUUCCUGCUGAAGAGACUGUCAUACUGCAGGACCAAUGUCAUCCCACACUCAUACUGUGAGCAUAUUGGUGUAGCCAGAUUGGCCUGUGCUGACAUCACUGUCAAUAUCUGGUAUGGCUUCUCAGUGCCAAUGGCUUCAGUUUUGGUAGAUGUUGCCCUCAUUGGUAUUUCUUAUACUUUGAUCCUCCAGGCUGUGUUUAGACUUCCUUCUCAGGAUGCCAGGCACAAGGCCCUCAACACCUGUGGGUCUCACAUUGGAGUCAUUCUCCUCUUCUUCAUACCAUCAUUUUUUACUUUUCUUACUCAUCGCUUUGGCAAGAACAUCCCCCACCAUGUGCACAUUCUUCUGGCAAAUCUCUAUGUGUUAGUCCCCCCCAUGCUUAACCCUAUUAUCUAUGGUGCUAAGACCAAGCAAAUUAGGGACAGCAUGACUCACAUGUUAUCUGUUAUGUGGAAGUCUUGA